CGCGCCGCGCUCCGGCCGCGCCGCGUGCUGCGACUCGCAGUCCAACAAGUGGCCGACGAGUCGUGCCGAGUCGCGACGACGACCAGGACGUCGCGAUGGUGUGACUGUGGAUUACUUUCCCGGGAGUGCGUCGCGCCGACGCCGCGCCUCGGCCGCAGGAGAGUGGCGUGCGUGUGGUUUGUGUGGCAUGCGUAGACGGCCACCGCGGAGCCGCCCAUCGUAGACGACGUAGACGAGUGCGUGCUGCGUGCGUUUGGUGGGCUCUGACGGCCCUGACGGCGUCCACGGCCAUGCGCCGCCUCGGGCCGUACGCCCCGGCCGCCAGGUGAAGCCAGCAAGCAGACCUCGGACUUCGGACCUCGGACUUCGGACCUCGCCACCGCCAUGGCCUCGUCGUGGCACAGGCUGUGCCUGUGGCUGGCGCUUCUGCUGGCCUCGGCCUCCACCUGCCUCGGCCACUUCAACCUGUUCAUCAGUCAGGAGGAGGUCCGCCAGCUCAUGGGCACGUCGCACGAGCUGUACUACGUGCGCGACGGCGUCGUCAACACGUACGCCCUGGGCUUCAAGGUGACCGUCAAGGCCGCCAUCCAGAACCUCACCUUCAACUGGCAGGUCGUCGCCAAGCAUCAGGUGCUGUACCAGUUCCGACUCGAGCGCGGCGACAAGGAGGCCAUGGACCCCCCGACGCUGGACAUCCCGCCGCGGGGCCGCGUGCCGGACUUCCUGGAGACGUUCCAGGUGCACCUGCCGUGCACGGGCCGCAAGGCCGCCGAGGUGGACGUGCUCAUCCAGCUCAACGUCACGUCGCCCAACCGCAAGAUCAACGACACCGUGCUCAACUUCAUGCGCAAGAAGAUCUGCCUGUUCGACGACCGGCCGCGCAGGCCGCACCCCAACGAGAUCGGCCACCAGUCGCUGGGCGCUGCGGGCGGCGGCGCUGCCGGUUCCGUUGGCGCAGCGGUGCCGGGGGCGGCGGGCGGCGCGGGCGGCGGCGACGGCUGGCGGCCCGUCCUGCUCGAGGCCACGGAGGGCCUCUACGCCACGGGCGGCAUCGCCGGCGCGCUCUUCGUGCUGUCCUCCUUCCUCAUGGUGCUCGUGUGGAAGCGCAGGGACACCUCCAAGAUGCGGCCGCAGGAGUGCCAAUACACGAGCUACGCCAGCGCGUACGGGUCCCCGCCGAGCGUGCUGGUGAGCAAGCCGCCGCUGCCGGGCUCGGGCCGCGGCCCCUUCAUCGGCGCCGUGGGCUCGGACAGCGACUGCGGCUCGUACGCCACCAUCGCCUCCUUCCACAAGGUGGGCCUGGGCUCGGCGCUCGGCCUCGGCUCCGUGCUGGGCUCGGCGCUGGGCGGGUCCGCCUUGGGCGGGUCUGCGCUGGGCGGGUCUGCGCUGGGUGGCUCCGCGUCGCGCGGCCUCGGCGCGUCCAGCCUGGCCAGCGGCUCCCUCACCAAGAGCGCCCUGGGGCUCAGCCUCGGCCAGCCGGCCUCGUCCAGGGCCGCCUCGCCCUACGCCACCUCCGUGGUGGCCACCAGCGGCGGCGGCUCCGGCCCCGUCGUCACCAGGCUGUACUCGCCCUCGCCGCCCACGCCGCAGACCGAGAGCGCCUACUCGUCCUACUCCUCGUACUGCCCGCGCAGGGUGGCCUACUACGCCGCCUCCAGCGUCAACUCCUUCGGAAAGCCAGCGAUGACGCCCAUGGUGGACGCGCGGCUGCGCGAGCCCCUCAACAGAGUGCGCCUGCUGUCCGUGCCGCGCCACACCCUGGAGACGACGCACUUGCUGUACGAGGGCACCUUCGGCCAGGUGUUCCGCGGCCACUGGCGCGCCAGGCCCGGCCACCAGGAGGACGCCAUCGUCAAGACUGUCUCAGACCAAGCCUCGGAGCUGCAGAUCUCGGUGCUGCUGUCGGAGGGCCUGGCGCUGGCCGGCCUCAGCCACGAGCACAUCCUGGCACCCAGGGCCGUGUCCGUCGAGCCCGGCGAGCGGCCCCUGCUGGCGUACUCCGUCAGCAUCAAGUACGGCAACCUCAAGAGGUUCCUGAUCCAGAACCGCACCGGCGGCGAGGGCCACUUCGCCAUCCUGACGAAGGACAUGGUGCACAUGGCGAUGCAAGUGGCGCUCGGCGUGGCGUUCCUGCACACGCACCGCGUCUGGCACCGCGACAUCGCCACCCGCAACUGCAUCGUGGACCCGGACCUGCGAGUCAAGAUCGCCGACCCCGGGCUGUCCAGGGACCUGUUCCCCAACGACUACCACUGCCUCGGCGACUCGGACAACCGGCCGCUCGGCUGGCUGGCCCCGGAGAGCCUGCUGCUGCGGCACUUCAGCGCCGCGUCGGACGUGUGGGCGUGGGGAGUGCUGCUGUGGGAGCUGGUGACGCUGGCGGGACAGCCCUACCAGGAGGUGGACCCCUUCGAGAUGGCCGACUUCCUCCGGGACGGCUACCGGCUGUCGCAGCCCGCCAGCUGCCCCGACGAACUGUACGGCCUGAUGGCGGCGUGCUGGGUGACCGCCCCCGAGGACCGCCCCUCCAUGACGCAGCUGCUGGCCGGCUUGCAGGAGUUCAGCGCCGCCCUGGGCCACUACAUCUAGGCCGCCCGCAACGAGGCCUGCGCGCAGUGCGACGCGGUGCACCCGGCGGCACACGUCGCCGGCGUCCUCGGCCCACCGCGUUUCCUCGGACGGGGACGUGGAGGUCAUACCGCGAGGGGGCAACGAAUGGUGAAUUUCGUGUCAGCCGGAUUACCCCGGAUUACCCCGAAUUACCCCGGAUUACCCCCGAAUUACCUCCGGAAUACAACAACAAAAAUUCCUGGGUUACCUUUCGAUUUAGCAGGAUUACCCCGGAUUACCUCAAAAUUUUCCCCGAUUAUCCCGGAUUACCUCAAAAUUUCGGGUCAUCCGGAUUACGGAUUACCAAUUUGCUGUCAGCCGGAUUCCCGAAGUCGUUACCCCCUCGUGAUACCGUGAUGCAUGAUCGUGUUAACCAGUGUUCUUUCCUGGCGGUGAGACGCCCGGCUGCCACUCUGGCUACAUCAAUUUAAUGUGAUACUUUUAUUUUUUUGGUUCGUAAAUACCCAAAUGGGAAAAAAAAGUGGAUACAACUGCCACUAGUUUAUUAUUGUGAAUACUUCUUAUUAGUCCACUAUUUGUCAAGAAUUUUUAAUUAAAGUAUAUUUAUUGAAGUUAUAUGUUUUUUAAGUUGUGAAAUAAUUAAUAUGUACCUUAUUAGAUGUUGUCGAUAUUUGUUGCAUUCGUCUCUUCUUCGGUGUAUAUUUUAGUGCCAAUAAUAUCAGUGAGAAAAUACCUGUUCUGUUAUCCCAUGUGUUACAUUAUUGUUAUUGGGAGAAAUUCUAUUCAUGUCGCCGUAGACUAUUCAAACAUUCAGUAUUACCUCAUAAACAUGAACGUCUAAAAAAGAAACUGCUUGGACCAUCAUUGUGGGCAUUUAGCUCUGUCACGUAUGAGACAAAGUGAAGAGACAUAUUGGAAUUUUUCCCAAAUUUUUCUGCUAUGUUUUGUUACAAUUCAUUCGAUUAAUGUCGAUAGUUCUCUAUAGAACACAACAACUCGUCACAGUUACUUGUAAUCAGAACUUUCUUUGUGUCACUCUCAAUCUUUUACCCUAGAUGUCUAGACAUGAUAAAAUCUCAUUUUACUGUAUUAUCAGCCUCUGCGCGCUGUAAACAAAAUAGAUACUGUUUCAAUGUUCGGUACUCAUUGGUAAGACAUUGGUAUAUUGAUCGUAUGAUCGACUGUUUUCAAUUAUUAAAAUUCGAUGUUUUUUGCAUAAA